AUGUCUCCUGUUCUCCUAAUCCUCCUAUCAAUCUUCUCAUUGGUCUCUGCCACUGGACAUCUUCGAAUCGAGUUCACUGCUUCCAACAACUGCGCUCUUCGAAUGAUCACUGCGUUUAGCGAUGAGACAAUUCAGUUGAGCAUGGGAGAGAAACGAGUUUCCAGUUUCCACCCUGCUCCAGGAACAAGGGACAAAGUUAGACUCAGCCUUUCUACCGCUUCUGGAAAAUCUGUGGUUUACGAUUUUGCCUUGAAAAACACUGGUCAACAAAUCCGAAACAUCUAUGAAGAUACUGAUCUAGUGGUUUUGAUCCAGUCGAGUUACGAGUGCAAUGAAGGAUUCUUCGGAUUAACGUGCGAAUUUGUUGGCACUUCGUCAAUCACUACAACGACGACGGCAACGACGACGACCGUCAGCACCACAACGGAAUCAAAGAAAACAACACCAACAGAAUCUCCUCUUGUUGCCACCACUCAAGCGGCAUUGUUUUCUGACUCUCAGAACAACAGCACCACCAUCUUCAUUCUUGUUGCCAUAAUCAUCUUGCUCACAGCUCUAAUCAUCGUCUUCGGAUGCCUUCUCAUCUCGUCACGUCGAUCCCCUCAACACCUCUUCUUGGCUGACAAAACAAAAAUAGAAAAGGAAACUUUUUCUGCAGAGAACAAAGGCAAACUUCUGAUGGAAGAGGAACAUAUCUACGAGGAAAUCCGAUAUACUACUGCUCCACUCCGAUCCAUCUUCAGCCAAAAAUCAGAAAAUUAA